AUGUCAUUUUUAUACAAAGCCAAAGAAUUUGCUGAUUUGGCCUUACCAUAUUUUACUUUUUCUCAUACAGUCAGAAUUUCUUAUGAAAACGGAAUUCCUAAAACUAGUUCAUAUGAAAACUCAGAAUGUGCAGAGAAAUAUACCAUUUAUCCAUUAGAAUUCAUUACAUUAUCAAUUUUAUCAGAUGAUCCAAAGUACAUGCAGCAUACAAUGAGGAGAUUUAAGACUAUUUUAAGGGACCAUCAAUACGAAACAGAAUUAAACCAGAAAUACUAUUAUUUGGACAUGUUAGUGAAAUCUUACCAUUUAAUUGGCGAUGCUGGCCUUAAUUUCAUUGAACUGUUCCUUAAAUAUAUCAAUGAUGUAAGAGAGAAGCGUCCAAUUAAUAAAGUUACAGAUGAAUAUAGAAAUUAUUAUUUGCCAGGAACGAUGAUGAUGGCCAUGGUUAAGAAGAACCAUAAAAUAGAGCAAGACAAGAAUUACAGUAAAUUGGCAUUGAACGAAAUCAUAAAAAAUCUUGAGAACAUUAAAUCAGACACAGAACCAUAUUUUGCAACUCUUUCUUCUCUGUUUGUUUUCUAUAGAAUUGAAGGAUUGAAAGAAUAUAGAGAUUUCGCUUGGGAACUGUUUGAUAAGAUUAAAAAGAUGGAUGUAGAUGAUUACACACUCGGAUCAUUGAUGUAUAUAUAUUUAAUACACUCUGAUAAUGAUUUCUUUAGUUUGGAUGAUUACGUGAUUAGUCAUAUUUAA